AUGCAUAUUGUAUAUUGUUUUUUAUUACUUUUAAGAAGAUAUGUUGUCAUAAAGGAAAAUACUACUAAAAUAGUAAGAGCUGUUUACGACUUGAAUCCAUAUGUUCACAUGUUACUAAUUGGUUUCGCAAUAGUCAUUCCAUUUUAUGAUCCCAAGUAUUCAAAGCCUACUGUAUUCUUCAAAAGACUUGGAAGACUGAGCUAUGUUCUCAUUACUCUCAAUCUCAUACUCAUGUUGAGACCUAAUUGGUUACUAACUAAAAAUUAUACGUAUACAGAUUUUAUUCCAAUUCAUAAAUGGCUAUCUCGAUUCAUUGUGAUAAUUUCGUUGGUUCAUGGUAUUGCAUUUUUGAUCUGGUGGAAGGUCAAUCCAAGUCCAACUGUUUCUAUAAACAUCAAGUUACAAAACAAUUACAAUGCAGUAGGGUUGGCAAUAUCGAUAAUAUCUGUAAUUUUGAUGGUUUUCUCAUUAGGUCCAUUAAGAAGAUGGAAUUAUAAUGUGUUUUAUAUAUUACACAACUUUUCAAAUAUUGCAUUUGUAUUUUUUACCCCAAUACAUGCAAGACCUGGAGUCUCCAUCCCAUAUUUCAUUAUAAAUAUUACGAUAUUGGCUGCAAUAUGUUAUCAAAAAAUUAUUAAUGCAACAGCAGUCCAACUUGUAAGUAGAGAGAGCUUCACACAUCAUCAUGAAGCCCAAUCAUUAGUUUGCGUGAAACUAGAAAGAAAAGCAAUUGGAUCUGAAUUCAUACCUGCGUGUCACAUUAGAAUUAGCUCAUAUAGUAUCAUAAAUCCAUUAUAUUGGCUCUUGCCAUCUCAUCCAUAUACUGUUAUAUCUCUACCGACAGAUGAUCAUAUUGAAUUAGUGCUGUUAGAACAUAUUUCGAAAAGUUCCUUCAGAUUGCAUAUGGAACGAAAUUACACAGUAGUAAACGAAUUUAAUCCAUCAGUUCCAAAAAUAUGUUUAACAGAGGCUAAUCGGAUAUGUAUUACUUGUGCCGGUACUGGGAUAUCGUUUGGUUUACCAUUGUAUAGAUAUUUUUUAAAGAAAUUGCAAAAUGGUGAACAAGAUAUUCAAUACAUAAAAUUGGUAUGGAUAGUUAAGCACAAAAUGUCUUUGGAGCUGUUUGAAAAACUCACAUCAAUUACUAAUCUAAUGAAUGAUAAUUGUUUUUUAAGAAACAUUGAAGUUUAUAUCACUAAUUCAACUCAAGCUGUCAGUAAUUUUGAUGAUGAUAACAUUGAGUUGCAAGAUAUGAAUUCAAUUGAAAAUAGCAUACAAGACAAAUACAAUUUUGGAAGUAUAAAAUUUGGGAGAAGAAUCGAUUGGGCUACAGAUUUAUCAACUUUUGUUGACAAAACUAACGGUACUGAAAAAACGUGGUUGCUGGCAUGUGGUCCUGACUCCUUUGUUAAAUCUUCUAAAGUUUAUGCAAGUAAAUCUGGAAUUAACUUUGCUUCAGAACCAUAUUCUUUUUAA